AUGAUGAGGGGGCUCGUCCUAUAUGAGGGCCGUCUGGUCCGGCAGACCCGUCGGCGGGCUGUCGUUCGGAAACUAUUCGUAGUAGGCAGUAUGGGUUUUGCAGUGCUGUCGUUGAUUCUUUGGAUUGGGUGUUUCUGGGGAGUCUCCGGCUCCUCAGUCGUCCACCAACCCAGGGGUUCCUGCAACUCCGUGGACCACGGAAAUCAAUGUUCCCCGCAGAUCUCGCACCUCUGGGGCCAGUACUCGCCGUUCUUCUCCCUGGCCAAUGAGUCGGCGUUCCCCGCGGACAUCCCGGGCGAGUGUCGACUCACCUUUGCGCAGGUCCUCUCGCGCCACGGGGCGCGGUAUCCGACAGAGUCCAAGUCGAAGAAGUACGCGAAGCUGAUCGCAGCAAUCCAGAAGAACGCGACCGCGUUUACGGGCAAGUAUACCUUUCUGGAGAGCUACUCGUACGCGCUGGGGAGCGACAACCUGACCACCUUCGGGGAGAACCAGCUCGUGGACUCGGGCGUUAAGUUCUAUCGACGGUAUGCGUCGCUCGCGCGGCGGAAUGUGCCCUUCAUUCGGGCCUCCGGGUCCGAUCGCGUGGUGGCGUCUGGGGAGAAGUUCAUCGAGGGGUUCCAGCGGACGAAAGAGCAGGAUUCUCAUCGAGGAGAGGGGAGCCAGAACCACACGGCGCCGGUGAUUAGCGUCGUGAUCCCGGAGACGGACGGGUUCAAUAACACGCUGGAUCAUGGGGUCUGUACGGCGUUUGAGAACAGCGAGCUAUCGGAUGAGGUGGAGGCGAAGUUCAUGGGAGUGUUUGCGCCGGCGAUCCGUCGCCGUUUGGAGGCUGACAUGUCGGGGAUUAAAUUGUCGAAUGACAAUGUGAUCAGUCUGAUGGAUCUGUGCUCGUUUGAGACGAUGGCGGCGACGCCCGACGCGAGCGAGCUAUCACCGUUCUGCGCGCUGUUCAGUCACGACGAAUGGGUGCAGUUCGAUUACUACCGGUCUUUGAGCAAGUAUUAUGGUUAUGGCGCUGGAAACUCGCUGGGACCGGCUCAGGGGAUUGGGUUCACUAACGAGCUGAUUGCCCGAUUGACGAAGAGCCGAGUGCAUGAUCAUACCAGCACCAACCGGACCCUGGACUCGAAUCCGGCCACGUUCCCUGUGGAUGCUGCGUUGUAUGCCGACUUCUCGCACGACAACCUGAUGGUGUCGACCUUCUUUGCGCUAGGGCUGUAUAACGGUACCAAGCCUCUGUCUCAAACCACCGUGCAGACCAUCAAGGAAACCGAUGGAUACUCGUCUGCUUGGUUGGUUCCGUUCGGGGCUCGCGCGUAUAUCGAGGCCAUGCAGUGCAGCGGGGAAUCUGACUCCCUGGUGCGCGUGCUUGUCAAUGAUCGCGUGGUGCCUCUUCAUGGCUGCAAGACGGAUCAUCUGGGUCGGUGCAAGUUGGAGGACUUUGUUCGGGGAUUGAGCUUUGCUCGUUCUGGAGGAAACUGGGACGAAUGUUUUAACUAG